AUGGACAAAUUGAAAAAUGAGAUUGCGAAGAAUAUGAAAGGGGACAAGGAUGAGGACGACGGCAUACCAGAAAUAAUGUGUGGUCAGGUGGAGGGGCACAAUGGCGUAAAUUUCGCUGAGAAGCAGAAAAAAAUGUGCGCAUUACUACUAAGGUUAAUGUUCUACAUAGAAGGUUUAAACGGUGAUGGUUCAAUAGUCCAUGAAGGAGGGGGUAACACAAGUAUGAACCAGUUAGAAGAAGGAAUGAAAUGUAUAAUAGGAAGUGUAUAUAUACAGAAAAUAAUGCAGCUGGCAUGCUGGGAGCAGCGUAUUCGCGACCAUGCACUGAACGCCGUGGACGGACAUGUAAAUGAAAUGCUAACAGGAAGACCAAGCAGAAGCAGGCAGUGUGUGCAUUGGGAAUUUGGGAAUACAUGCGUAGGGGGUUUUAUUCCUGAAUCGAAAAUUACGCAAUGGAUGUUGCACGAUAGUAUUGUUACGGACAGAGUGAAGAACGCCGCAUUCGGUGCGCGAUGUUCAGGACAGGACUGGACACAGAGGAAACAGGACAUGCGGGCAGAGGCAGAAAAGGCGCACACAGGGAUACACGCUACUCAAUGUGCAGGAAGUCAAGGCAAAGCACAUUUCAAUGCGAACACAGGACAAGGGGAACACGGACGACCACCACCCGCCGCGGCCAAACCAGUAGCGGCGAAACCGGCAUCACCACCGUCAUCGGGAAGUGGGACGACGACGACAUCAUCUGGUGGUAGUGGUAGUAAUGGUAAGUCUGGUGCUGCCGCUGCCGGACCGAAGGAAGGAACGAAGACUGCCCCAGCAGGGGAAUGUCAAGGGGACAGAUUAUCGGAGUGGAAGCAUAAGCCAGUGUACGUGGUGUCUCCUCCUAAUAAAAACCAUCUGCAAAAAUUGCAUAAAGUGUUGGAUGAUUUUAAGACAUAUAUGGAUGAAAAGAAAAGGCACGAGGAGGCGUAUGGUGCCAACUGUUAUAAUGUGGGCUGGAAUGAUAUAACGACAGGUGUGGUUCAUUUCGUGGACCAAAAAGUGGCGGACGUAGUACGAUGUAGAUUCAUGACUCUUGCAUUAGGCUUUGCAAAUGGGUGGGGUACAAAAACACAGGAUAGGAACGCCGGCGUGCACAUGAAUGAGGAAGAAGAGAAUAGCCUAAGAUGUGAAGUAGUGAAUGUAUUUGGACACCUACUGAGACAUAAGUAUUGUCCACAGCAAGAAAAGUGGAGAAGAGGUACAGAAUAUGCCGGUAUAGCAUUUAAGCAGAUGAAGAGUCCCGAGCAAGAUGGACACGGAGGACUGGGGGGCCCUGUAAUGGAAGGGAAGUGCACAAUGUGUGGGUAUGGACAUAAUAAACACCACGUCGACGCAGUAAAUUUGAAAAUAGUAGAAUGGUUAUUGCAGCAAACCAACAUAUUGGAAGGCAUGGAGCACAUAGAAGGGGGGGCAGACUGUAAUAUGAAGUGGAAGGAGUAUACAGUGGACAAGAUGAAGAUGGAUAACCCGAAAGAGGUGGACGCAACGCAAAUCCCUGAAAUAAAGAAAGACGAGGAGAAACUAACGAAGGAGGCGGUGAAAACUAUUGAAAAGGUUAAGGUGCUAGUGGAACAGAAAAUUCAAGAACUAGCAGCAGGAUCGGAGGAAGUUGCGCAACCACCACCUUCAGCGCCGCCACCCGUACCACCACCUCCACCACAGCAGUCACAACCGGGGCAAGAUGGGAAACAGCGGGAUAAGGGUGAUAGUAAAUCUACAGGAGGCGCAGGAGAAGCAGGUAAGAAGUCUAAGUCAGCAUGCGGUGUAACCACAGGAUCCCAUGAGAAAGAAGUAGGGGAAGGUAUCUUAAGUGUGUCUGUCACGUUCGACCCUUCUUCGGACCCCAAGGAUUGCUCAGGUAGUAAUAGUCCAGAGACUCCGGAGGGUACUUCCCCAGUCGAGAGUCAAGAUACUGAGAAGGAUAGCUGGAGUAAGGAUGGAGCAGGCGCCCAAUCAACGGAAGCACCCGCAUCAGCACCAUCAGAAUCAACACCAACAGCUCCAUCACGUGAAUCCGGUGCAAAGGGUACAACGGGUGCUUCAGGUUCCCCAGCGCAGGACGGUGAAACCGGUCCUUCCGGUCCAGCGGGUAAACAUGGUGAACCCGGUAACAGUGGUGGAGGUUCCGUCAUCGACGGCGGUAACGAUGAACCCCCUCCUCUCAAUCCACCCAAACCAAAACCACCAACCACGAGCCCAACUCAAUCGGGUAGUAGUGGCAGUUUCAGUGAUGCUGAUUUGGCGGAUGGAGUGCCUGGUGGGGCAGGAAAGGGAGGUGGUGAUGGUACGGGAACCGUUUCCACGGGGGAUUUCAGCGGUCUCGACCUACAUACUCCUGGUGCGGCCGGAACAGGUAAUCCUGGCGGAUCCCAUGCACUAUGGACGCCAAGCGAUGGAUUAAAUGGGCAACCAGCACAAUCAGGUCCUUUACCUGGCCCAGAGGACAAAAUCCCAGGUGAAACUACAGAUGGCAGCGGCCCCUACCCACCUGACCUAACCGGCACGGUCCUUACCGCCACUACUCCCGUGCUGUUAUUUCUCGCUUCCGUCAUCGUGGCCGUUCUUGGUUAUUCCCUUUGGAAGUACUUUGCCUUCCUCGGACAAAAACGCCGACGAACAUAUCGAACCGUUCGUGACGUGCCGUCACCGCCACUCGACGACGAAAUAUUGGACCAUCUACAACGCGGCGGCGCGCCGCCACCCGAUUACGGGUACAAAAUGAUUAGGGAUAGGCAACCUCCGUCCACAUCCGGUAGCGCACGCCCCCCACGCGUGCAUACACGCACGAUUAUCGAACUACACUUAGAAGUGCUCAACCAAUGUGAAGCGACAGAUUGGGAAAACGUCAAAGAGGACUAUUUGCAGAUUGUAGUGAAGCAGUUUGCACCGGAGUUUGCGCAGGAUUUGCUGCGGGACGACGACACGAAUAACAACAUCUUGGGUGUUUCUACGUCAGACCAAGAUCCUCCAGGGACCCAUUACUUUGCCUUCCUCGGACAAAAACGCCGACGAACAUAUCGAACCGUUCGUGACGUGCCGUCACCGCCACUCGACGACGAAAUAUUGGACCAUCUACAACGCGGCGGCGCGCCGCCACCCGAUUACGGGUACAAAAUGAUUAGGGAUAGGCAACCUCCGUCCACAUCCGGUAGCGCACGCCCCCCACGCGUGCAUACACGCACGAUUAUCGAACUACACUUAGAAGUGCUCAACCAAUGUGAAGCGACAGAUUGGGAAAACGUCAAAGAGGACUAUUUGCAGAUUGUAGUGAAGCAGUUUGCACCGGAGUUUGCGCAGGAUUUGCUGCGGGACGACGACACGAAUAACAACAUCUUGGGUGUUUCUACGUCAGACCAAGAUCCUCCAGGGACCCAUGUUUCAGCCAACGCAGACCGACCGCGUCAUUACCGCGCCCGUCAUCCCACCUGCGACGCCCCCGUUCCAGCCACACACACACCCACCUGUGCUGCUCCUGAGCUCGCAAUCACACAAACACCAGGCUCCGGUAACGCAGUCACAGACACACCCACAUGUGCUGAUCCUACGCCCGAAAUCACACAACCACCAGGCUCCGGUAACGCAGUCACAGACACACCCACAUGUGAUCAUCCUCAGCCCGUCAUCAUACAUCCACACACCAACGCCCCAGUCACAGACACACCCACAGACCACACAGUCACGCACCUACCCACAUGCAAAGCAGUCACAGACACACCCACAUGUGAUCAUCCUCAGCCCGAAAUCACACAACCACCAGGCUCCGGUGACACAGUCACGGACAUACCCACAUGUGCCGCGGUCACGAACGUACCCACAUGUAAAGCAGUCACAGACACACCCACAUGUGCGGAUCCUAAGACCGACAUCACACAACACACAGUCACAAACGACACAGUCACAGACACACCCCCACAUGCACCUCCAAAGCCCGCAAUCAUACAUCCACACACCAACUCCCCAGUCACAGACACACCCACAUGUGAGGAUCCUAAGCCCGACAUCACGCAACACACACUCACAAACGACACAGUCACAGACACACCCACAUGUGAUCAUCCUCAGCCCGAAAUCACAGACAUACCCACGCACGACAUAGUACCGGACAUAUCCACAUGUGCUGAUCCUAAGCCCGAAAUCACAGACAUACCCAAACACGACACAGUAACAGACAGACCCACACGUGACGCAAUGACGCACAUACCCACAUGUGACGCAGUCACAGACAGACCCACAUGUCAUGAUCCUGAGCCAGACAUCAUACCACCAGCAGACGCAGGCGCCACAGUCACAGACACACCAACACGUGACGCACUCACCGACACCGCCACGCGUGCGGCUCCUACACCCAGAAUACCAGAGCACGUAGUUACAGGCGCCACAGUCACAGACACACCCACAUGUGACACAGUCACAGACACACCCACAUGUGAUCAUCCUCAGCCCGACAUCACACAACACACAAGCACACACGCCACAGUCACGGACAUACCCACAUGUGACACAGUCACGCAUACCACCACAUGUGAGGAUCCUAAGCCCGAAAUCACAGACGUACCCACAUGUAAAGCACUCACAGACACACCCAUACGUGACACAGUCAUGGACAUACCCACAUGUAAAGCAGUCACAGACACACCCACAUGUGAUCAUCCUCAGCCCGACAUCACACAACCACCAGGCUCCGGUAACGCAGUCACAGACACACACACAUGUGAUGAUCCUACCCCGGACAUCACACAACACACAGUCACAAACGACACAGUCACAGACAUACCCACAUGUGACACCGUCACGCACACCACCACAUGUGAGGAUCCUAAGCCCGAAAUCACAGACAUAGGCACACGUGACGCAGUCACGCACAUACCCACAUGCGCUGAUCCUAAGCCCGGAAUCACAGAUAUACCCACACGUGCAAUAGUCACGGACAUAUCCAAAUGUGCGGCUCCUACACCCAGAAUACCAGAGCACGUAGUUACAGGCGCCACAGUCACAGACACACCCACAUGUGAGACCGUCACGGACACACCCAAACACGAUAAGGUCACAGACAUACCCACAUGUUACACAGUCACGCACGUACCCACACGUGAAGAUCCUAAGCCCGAAAUCACAGACAGCCCCACAUGCGACACAGUCACAGACACACCCACAU